CACUUCAAUUCACUCACACCCUCAUUAUUUUCCUUGUCUCCUCACUUAUCAUCACAACAAUGUCAUCCCAACAUUUCCUCACUUUGUUCUUCUUCCUUCUCCUCUUUAUCAACACCCUCACUUCUUCAACUUCAUCAUCUCACAAUGACGACACAUUCGAUUUUGUUCGUCCUAUAGACCGCAAAUUGUUAGGCCUAAACAAAGAAGAAAACCUAAGCCAUUUCAGAUUCUACUGGCAUGACAUAAUUGGUGGAAAAAAUCCAACUGCAAUUACGGUUGUUCCAUCACCAAAGAAACUGAACUCAACCUUUGCUUUUGGUUCAAUCAACAUGAUGGACAACCCUUUGACUAUAGGACCCGAACUGAGUUCCAAGCUUGUUGGAAAAUCUCAAGGCUUCUAUGCUUCUACAUCACAGGAUAAUUAUGCUUUUCUUAUGGCUAUGAAUUUUGCUUUGAUUGAAGGAAAGUAUAAUGGAAGUACUAUUACUAUCUUGGGGAGGAAUUCUGGUAUAAAGACUGUUAGAGAGAUGCCUGUGGUUGGUGGGUGUGGAGUUUUCAGAUUUGCUAGAGGCUAUGCUCUAGCUACUACUUAUUCUUAUGAUCCCAUAACUACUGAUGCUAUUGUUGAGUACAAUGUUUAUGUUUCUCAUUAUUGAUUUUCAGUUGUUGUACGUUUUUCAUUUUAUGUUUAAUUUAAGGAUUUGUGUUGGCUUUUACUAUGUUUAAGGUUCUUUAGUCUUGAAAAGCUUUGUGUGUGUUGGUUUUUAAUAUGUUUAUGGUUCUUUAGUCUUGAAAAGCUUUGCUUGGUUUUUCUUUGAUUUUGAUAUGGUAUCUCACGGCUUAAAAAAUGGAAAGAAAAAAG